GGAAAAGUACAGAAAUCACAAGUACGUACAAACUCAGACAAGAGAGAUGACCUGUAAUUGCUGCAAAGUAGGUUGCUCGAGAAAUUUUUAAAAACGUGCCUUACUUUAAAACUUGCUAUCGUUAUCGUUCCAUGGAAUUGGUAUAUUACUAUUUAUUAGUGUUAUAUUUUACCAUUGCAAACAUUUAGAUACUCGUUUUUUUACAUGUGAUUUCAUGCCAUUCUCAAAUAUCCCUGGGUUAUACGCUGUGGAGUAUAUAUAUAUAUAUGAUGAAAUUUUUUUCAUAUCUGCAUCUUUUGCUUUAUUCACACUCAUAUGUCUAAUAAUACAACACAACGAAAUAAGUUUUAAUUUUUUCGGAAGCCGAGAAUAUGAUAACCUCCGAUUCGUACUAAGUUGACAUGUUUACAUAAAUGAGGUUCUUGUUUCUUCCAUUGAGCCAAUUUAGAAAACGAUUUUUUCUAAAUUUGUUUAAGUUUGGAUCAUGUUCUUAAAUGUGCGUUGCUUGGUUUUCAACACAGGGUAUCUUAGUUUGAGCAUCCGGAAUUUGUAGUAGUUACGUAGCACUUUUUUAUUAUACAGGGUGUAAGAGAUAGGUUGGCAAAAACUGAAACAGUGAAUUUAGACCAUUAUUCUGACCUGAAAAUCUUGAAAUUCUUUCGGGAAAUUCCCAAAUUUUUUGGUUUUUUUUUUUAUUUAAUAUCAUGUAAUUUGUGAUAUUAUGUUAUAAUAUAAAGAUAUAAUAUUAUUUUAUAGAAAAACACUGAAAUACCAAAGUAAUAGCAAUGUAAUAUUCGUAUUACAUUUUGUUUGAUUCGUGUGAAAUUAACGUCACAAGCGUACGAAUACUACCUACGAAGAAGCGCUUUUGAUCGCGCGUUCUAGGUAUCCCGCGUUGUGUGGAUCGUAAAAUUUUAAAUACACAAGAUGAUGAAUCGUUAAUUAUAUGGUGGUGGUGCAUUUCCGGUGGGAAAAUAAUUUGUCAUUUGAUUCAGACCAUUCUGAAUCAGCUGUUUUCGUUUUGGUCAACCUUUAUCUGCCAUCUUGUAUGACGCUCAUUUGUAAAACCUCUAAAUGUAAAUAGUAUAUACUGUGUCCAAUAUGUUCAAAUUUUAACAUAUAGUUUUAAUAUAAUUUUAUAUGCUUUGUAGAACUUUAAUAAUUAAAAACAAUUGUUACAGACAACAUGAGCAAAAAUGGACUUAUGAUUAAUAUAAAUUUCUUCCAACUCGAUUAACCUAAUGCGGUGUUAAAGUAAUAAAUAUGUUCAAACAUAUUUAUAAAAUGAUAAAAACUGAAGAUUAAAAUAUGUUUGAAUAUUUAUUACGUUUUUAUAAUAUUUUUGUGUUAUAUUUAAUGAUUACGUGACUUAGAUAAAUACAUCAAGCAUUGUUAUGUAUUAAGAUUAUCUGUCAUUAAUUAUACCUAGAUAUUUUUGGCUCAAAUAUUCAAUCUCGUAUAACGAUACUAUAAUUUACAGACAAUUCGUACAAAAGAUUUAUUUUAUGUUUAAUUAUGUUUUGGUCAUCAAGGACAUCGCACACUUCUAUAUUUAUUUUUGUCGGAAAUGAUUGUAACUGCAUAUAUACUUCCCUCCAUCUUGACGUACUGGGUAUUGACAAUUCAAUGGACGUGAGAUCUUUCAGUGGAAAGUAUCAACAAAAAAGAUUAAUUAAUUGUCACCUUGUGUCUUUAUAAUUCUUUCUCUUAUGUUUAUUUUUAAAGCUCAUAACGAUCUAAGUAGAUCAAAUUAACCAAUUGUACAGUAAAAUAUUUUCUAAUUUAUUUACAAUCUAUAUAAAUAUUAUGGACAGUCUGUCUAUGUUACCCGAGUCUAAUUAAUAUACAGUGUGAAAUCGAAGUCGUUAACCCGCACGUAAAAUUAAGAAUUUACAUUGCUCUUGCUCUUGAAAAAAAAAAUAUAUAUAUGUGUAAUUUUACGAUUUCACUGAUAGAAGACUUCUUUAAAAUUAUGCUAUCGAUUCACCUGUAUAUCUAGGAAAAGGCUAUACAGUGAAACAAAACAUACAUUUAGCUCUCUGCUCUGUAAAUUUAUUAUUUACAUUAUAUACAUUAAAAUAUGAGGCGAUGGCUAAUCUAUGUGAGAUACACUAUGUGAGUGUUACAAUGAGUAAAUAUCUAAUUCGUAACUCAACUCGGGUUGUCGAGCUAGCAAUAAAUCAUUCUAUUAUACGCUUAUAUGGGGGAUUACAAAUAAAAAUUCUUUUUAUAUAUAGAUAGUAGGUUUAGUGACAUAUACAAAAUUUCUGGAAUAAUUUUUUGUUUACAAAUUAUUUUGUCUACAUUUGUGAAGAAGCCAUUACCACUAACUGUUUAUUGUAACUCGUCAGCGACACCGCCCGCGGUUAAUUUCUGUAUAGUAUGUAAUACAUAUGGUUGGGCACUGACCAGGCGGAGAUUUGUAAUAUUUUUAUAUGUAUGCGUUGUGUACAUAAUUUCAGAGAAUACUUUUACUCUCUGCAUUGUAGAAUAAUUGUCAUAUAUGGAUAGAUACUUUGAUGAUCUAUAAUUGCAUUAUUGUCUUAAAGUAAUGCAUAUAGUAUGCAAUAAUUACCUUGCAUAAUGCUGGAGGACUUCAAAAUGACUUUAAAUUUAAAACAAUUUUAAAUUUAUUCUUUUAAAAUUGACGUUGUUGAAUAACUGCCAACUGUCAACUGUUGUACUCUAUAUAUAUUGUAAAUUAUGUUUGUUGUUUUUUUAUAUUACUAAAGCUACUCCGCUCGGUUUGUAUCUUCUAUUGAUACUUGGCAUUAUGUCGCUUGCACGUGUGAUUGCCUGGACUGAAUCUAAAUACACACUUGUCAUUAAAUUUAUUAAUAUACUUGGUUUUUUAUACGAAAGAUAAUGUUUUUUACACGUAUGUGUUUAUGGAGACACAUUCCUAUAUACCUAUGAUUAGUUUCACUGUAAUAUUGGAGGUGCGUGGUAAAUAUUUAUUAUUUAAAAUUAGUUUAGUUUUUAUUAGAGAUUAGUUAUAAAAAAAUUAAAGAAAUUGUGUUGUUUUCUUUCUUUUUGCGUUGCUGUGUAGUCAGCAAUCUGUGAAACCUAAAGUUCGGUCGAGUCGUUUAGAUAUGAAGAGUUAUAACAGUUUUUCCCAUGAACAUUUAGAUUUUUUAACAUUUUGUUAUCUUGUAAAUAUUAGGUAUCGUUUAAGUAUUUGUAAUAAAGAUACCUUAUCAUGAUGGAUGUUUUAAUAUUUUGAGACCAAUAACAUUAAAUUAUAGAUUGUUUUGUCAAGGUAUUUGGAAACAAAAUUCAAUCAAAAUCCUUGAAUUGUAUCUACAUAUAUAAAUAAAAAUCAAUUGCCAUAUUCUUUAUGAAUGAUAAGAGAAUGAUAACCCCGUGUGCACUAUCGAUAUAAGCUGCCGGGGCAACAAUGAGUGAGUGUGUAGGUGAGAGUAAAGCAGGUCACAUGGCCCAUUGCGACGAUUUUAACUUUUCCGAGGGAAACUGCGUGGAGGUCAUUCACGGAGAAGUGAAAAAUUUGGGUCAAAUUUCUAUACAAAAAAAAUGAGUUAAGAUAGACAGUAGGGAGAUUUUCAGACUUAGUACAUCCGAACGAAGCCGGAACUUUUUAACACAAUUUUUUCUGAAGAUCAAAUAUAUAGAGUAGUAAGAGUAUACGAGAGGAUACUAUCAUGAAUUCGCUAACUAGCGCUCAUUUUGGCGGCGUCAUCUCCAGAAGUCACCUGAGUAAUAAAUACAUAUUCCGUAAAUAAAAAUCCGUGAUAGUAAGGUCCGGUGAGAGAGGUGGAUGAAGAAGUUUCCAGUUUCGGCUUCUCCUAUCCGUAGUGUAAUAUAUGUAUGUAUGUGGUGUGGUUCUAGAGUUAUUAUUAUAACAAGUCAUAAAUCUCAAUUGUUUGAUAGCGAGCUUGUCUAUCAUCGUUUGCAUUUCUUGACAAGUACACAUUUCUGCAGUAAUUGUACCAGAUCGCACGCACUGGAGGGCGAUCUCCCACAAAGUGGAGCAACGCCUUCAUAAAUGUUGCAGGCAAUCGAAAGUUGUAGAUGGCUCGGGAUUGUUUUUUGUGACGAUAUUUGACGGAGACCUAUAUAGGGCGGCAGACAAUUUAUACGUGGACUGCAAGCCAUUGAAAUUCCAAAUACUUAGGUAUUUGCAAGAAACUUAGCAGUUGCUUUUCAAGUACUUUCACAAAGUAAUUAUAUUUUGACUAUAAUCAAUUAUACGUAAAUUUUUAUUAUCAGUCAUAUGUGGUAAAUUUGAGCAGUUAAGUUACAAAGGAUGACCACAGAAUAAAUAACUACUUUUCAUAAAAAAAGAAAUUGUAUUGUGGUAUGAUGAAGUGUGAAUAUUAUAGAGGACAUGACCCGCUUCAAGUUUUGGACUUAGUACAUUAAGAAUAUUAUUUUAUACUGAAAGAAAUACCAAUUCAUUACAAGGUGGAAAGCGAAGCUAGUACUACAUCAAAUUAGCAAUCAUAUUGUGUAUGCUAUAUACCUAUUACCUCGUUAAUUAACAGCUACAUAAAGUAGCUAUAUACGAACUCAAACUAAUUGUUAAAUACUUUAAUAAAAGACAUUCUAAUUGAAAUCUGACUUUUUGUUUAAUUAUUUCCUUAUAAUUUUCGUGACGUACUGUUAACGAUCACGCUAAUAAUGUAAAGGAAGGGUGUUGUGGUAUGGAAAUAGGGAACGAAAAGUAGAAUGGUCGGGCAUUGUGAACGUUGUAGUGGUAGCUAGCAGCUGGCUGGUGUGGUGAGAGUCAGUAGUGAAAAGAUGUGGCGGUUGGCGGCUGUGUGGCGACUUUCAACGGUGCUUUUAGUAGGCGCCACCUUAGACUUCAGAUUCUUCACCCAGAAGCGAAGUUUCGAUGUACCUUCGCAGGUCGACUGCUUCGUAAUUCCACCGAUGACAAACCAUAGAAUUGGUAGGACAAUUAACAAUGGGUGGCCUGAAAACAAACCUGGUAAAACUACUCUAAUGCCGGUAGUCCGACAUACGCCAAAUUUAUCAUUUGAGAAUCAAAUAAGAACACGGCGAUUUGAUCAGUUAAUACCAAGUGCUGAAGAAAUUGUUAAAGAGCAUGCUAAACUGGUACAUGAUAUUAACAGUUUAAAACAAGUUGUGUUUGUUGCACCAUUCGUCGAUGAAAAUAGAGACUACGAAGAUUCCAUAUUCCAUGAAUUGAUAGAAACAUCUACGACACCCCGACCGAAGUCUAAAAGAGUAACAGAAAAUGCAGUAGUUACAAAACCAUACAAACAGAAUUCAAUUCCGCUAAUUUUACUGGGUGGGGCGAGCCAGCAAGAAGUUAUUAAAACACAGCCAAUUAAGUUUCCUAAGCCUAUAAGCUUGGUAGGUACUUCUGUAUCUCCUUUAGCUAAGCAUCCUUAUCCUUUUGUAAUGCAAGCCAAAUCACAAAGGCCUUUCAAAUUUUGUAUGCAGCCUACAUCUGGAUUACAAUCAUCUAUGAUGUAUAUGACUACACAGCGGCCAAGUCUUUUAGAGCGAAUAAUUAGGUCCAUUCUACCGAGGUAGCCUGAAACGUUAACGGAAUGUCUGUGAUAUUAUCUACUUGUUUUUCCUACACCUUUUACUGUAGUAAUUAAUUCUUAGGAUUUGACUAAACGUAACGCAGAUGAUAACUUUACAUAAGAGUUAUGUAGUAAUUUGUUCUAUAAACGGCAAGAAAUGUGCUUUCCUCUAUGAAUUAGGUAUAAUGUGUUGUCUAUUUUAAAUAUGUAAAUAGGUUUUUUAUUGAGCACAGUUAAUGUUUAAUUAUAUUAAGUUGGAUUACAAUAGUUUUAUUUUUAUAAGCUAAAUUAAAUUU